AUGAGGCACCACAAGAUUUACCUUGUGCUGCAUCGGUGCACGGUGCACCUAGUCGGACGUCUGACCUUAGCAACCCCCAGAGUCUGCAGACAAUGCGCGAGGGUCCAGAUUAGAGCUCCAGCUCCCUCGCGAGCGUACUCGGGUGCCGCCGCCGCCGCCGCAACGACCACGACCACGACCAACGCUCCCCCUCCUCCUCCCCCUUCGUCAAAAGUCAGCAAACCAACCGAACCCAAGGCGGCUGCGGCGGACAUUACGAUCCCGCCACCCUCGAUCCGCGCAGGCGUGAUCCUCACGCGGGCGCCGCUCCUGACGCGGCCCCUGACGGACUUUGAGCAGUCCUACUUCUUCUACCAGAAGCGCCUCAACGAGCGCCUGACGAUGCCCUUCAUCACGUCCGUCUACUUCAAGCCCGACACGCCGGCGCUGAUUGACUGGAACAUGAAGGUCAAGGACCGCAAGGGCACCGUGGCCAAGGAGCUGGGCGUGUACAACGGCAAGGCGUCGACGGCGUGGGACGACGAGCUGGCCGUCGGGGACGGGCUGAGCAAGCACGACAAGGCGGUGGAGCUGCUGCUCCAGGACGCCGUGAUGCGCGUGAGCGACGACGCGGAGAUCAUCCCCGAGGAGGACCGGGCGCCGCCCGAGGCGUUGGCGCCGCGGGUGUCGGAGGCGGAUAUCAAGGGGGACCAGACGAGGUUGGAUCGCGCCAUGGAGAGGACGCUGUACCUCGUUGUCAGGAAGGCCGGUCGCAAGAAGGACGUUUGGGAGUUUCCUGCGGCGGGCUUGUCUACGGAGGAGAACCUCCACGAGGCUGCGCAGAGAAUCCUCGACGACACGGCGGGCGUCAACAUGAACACGUGGAUGGUCGGCCGCGGCCCGGCCGCCGUGCACGUGGCCAAGACGCAGGUCCGGCGCGGCGAGCUCUUUGAGCGCGGCAGCAAGACCUUCUUCCUCAAGGGCCGCAUCAUGGCGGGCCAGGCGGACCUGACGGCCAACAAGUUUGGGUACAAGGAGUUCAAGUGGCUGACCAAGGAGGAGCUCGCCGAGGUGCUGGAGCCGGGUUACUACAACAAUGUGCGGGGCAUGAUGGUGGACCGGUAG